AUGGUGCAAGAUGUUACUUAUAACAAGCCUUGGCUCAAAAUGAGUUUAGUAGAAUUUGACCCGCAGAUUGAUAUUAGGAGGAUAAAGUAUAGCAGGGCUCAAAUAAAAGGAGAACUCACUUGCUUUCAAAAGUUCUUUAAUAAAACCCAUUUAGAACAGUCUUUGAAUAUUUUGCAAGUUAGAUGUGAGGUCAUAAAACCUCUGCUAGAAAAAUUCAAAGCGGAUCAAACCGAAUAUGAAGAUUUGCUGUUGAAUAAUUGUCCUGACGAUUAUAAUGAAAAUGAGAUGUUUGCCGAAAGAUGA